CGAGCGCUUGCCCAGCUCCAGGCACAAAAUCGAGGGCGCCUCAGGCCUCGGCGAAACAAUGGAAGGUGCCAACGGGCGACUUGCAUGGCCACGAUGGCUUUGGGAUGCCACAAGAGGAAACUGCAGCGAAACUUCGGGGUCGACUUUAUCGCGGCCACCCCCAUUCUUUAGCCCGCAUGUUGCACUACUGCAAUGUGCUGAAGUUGUCAUGUGCUCGAAAAGUCGAUUCCGAAGCCGUGGCUGGCUGAAUCGCUACAGGAACAUGGGCUGGGCCGGCGGCUCAAUUCGGUGA